AUGGCGACUCGCAUAAGGAAUGACGACUGGGAAGGCGAUAUGGAGUUAAAAGACGACAUUAAAGCGUACGUUGCCCAGAAUUUGCGUCAAACAGAAAUUGUGGAUUUUUUGAAAGUGAAGUAUCCGAUGUAUGCGUGGAGUGUGAGAACUCUCUCACGUCGCAUGCAUCAUUUUGAUAUAAAAUACAUCGAAUACGACACAAAUAUUGACGAUGUCACACGUGCUGUGGAAGAAGAGAUGAAUGGGCCAGGAAGAUUCCUAGGCUAUCGUACUUUACACAAGAAGAUUCGUGAAGUACACACAUUGAAUGUUCCAAGAAACGUUGUGUACGACGUGAUGACCGAUGUCAACCCUCAAGGUUUACAAGAAAGAGGUGGUGUGGGACAACCGAAACGCCAACGAAGAAAAGGAUCGUUCACAUCGACUGUAAGCAUAUUAAAAAAUGUUUCAUAUUUUGUUACACUAGAACAUUAUAUUAAUAUAUGUGACGAUUUUCUCAUUCAGGGAGCUGAUUUUACAAUGUCACUUGAUGGGCAUGAUAAAAUGUGUGGUUUUCAAAAGUCUACGUUCCCACUGUGCAUUUAUGGUGCCCAGGAUACUUUCAGCAGCAGAGUAAACUUCCUGUGA